UUUCCAACUCCGUGCAAAUUCAUAUUCACGUCUAGUCCGGGCGAGACCCGCAGCCUUUUUGACCACACGCCUGCAGCGGCAAAAGAUAAAGGCGGAGCCGAUCUACAGGCGUCUCUUUUUCUCUGCACUCUCUCUCCCUCUCUACAUCACUCUCAGUGCAUCAAUUUUCUAAUAUACAACUAUUCUCCAUCCGUCACCCAUCUGCCGUUUAGUCAUCUGAAGAACUUCCCAAAAAAUGGUCGGUACGCAGCAGAAGACUCGCCAGCAACUGGAAUCGACGAUCGAAGAGCAAGAGGAAACUAUCAAGGAGCUCCAACUGAUGUUGGGACAGGCCGAAUAUGAGCAUUUGAAGAAAGUCACCGAACUGGCAAAAAUGACCAAAAACCGAGACUACAUGACCGAAUGCGAGGCAACUUCUCACGCUGUGAACGUGAAGCUCGAGAGGGAGAACAAGAAGCUGAAGGAUGAGCUGGCGCGCAAGGAUGCGGAGAUUAUGAUGCAGAAGGAGAGCGGCGACGGUGGUGGUGGAAGUAGCGUGAGCGAAACUUGGAAGGAUCACUUGAACGAGGCGAAUCGGAAAUAUUUGGAUGAAAGGAAGAAGGGAGAAGCUGCCCGUGUCACGUGGUCCACUCUAGUCCAGAAGCUGAUGUCCGAAGCAUGCCAACGCGAGACGAAGAUGCUGGAAGCGAAUGAGAAGUUGAAGGCAGAGUUGGCGGAGCUGCGGAAUCAGAUGUUCGAGCUGGAGGCCAACUCGGAGAACCUGAAGAGACCGGCGCUGAGCGAUGGCUAUCUGGCUAAAAAGUCGGCGAGGCUCUACUUGAGCAGUGUUGGUCUUUAGGGAAAUUGUAACAAUAAUAAUCACUUUAUUUUUUGUGUUUUGCAAUUCAUCUUGUAUUGUUUAUGCUGGAAAUAUGAUUUUUUUGUUCAUUCUCAUCUAUGUUCUUCAAAACUAUUCUUCAAAGAAAUAAAUGUUAUUUUAGAGUAAAAAA